AUGGCGGAGGAAGCCCCGGGCGCCGGCCCGGCCGCGGUUCCCAUCUCCCUGUCGCCGCUCCUCCCGCCGCCGCAGAUGGUGGUGGUGGCUCUCGACGCCACCCGCGACCACCGCGAGGUGGAGGUCAGGAUGUCGCUCAGGGCGUUCGUCGCGCGGGGCGACAUACUUCGCGGCGGCGACUCCCUCCUCGUGCUCGGCGUUCUCCACUCCGUCACCAAUCCGACAACUUUACUUCUUUUGUUUCUUGACAGAUAUAUCAGGAGACUCGGUUUUGGAGGACAUAUUGUUGAUCCUGAUCUGGGAGAGUUGCUGUGUCCAGUGUGUCGCAGAUUUGCAAAUUCCAUUCUUCCAGCAUCGCCCGAUUUCUCUGGUAUAACUAGGAAGGCGAUGCCAAUUGCUCAAACCACGCCUACUGAGGCUGCUGCAAGUAUACAUAACUUACAGUCCCCUCGUGCACUGGUCCUCCUUGAAAGUGCCAGAAAAAUUGUUGGACAAAGCACAUUUCUAAAAGCUUUUCCUGGGAAUGUGAAUGACACUGCGGAGCCAGCUUUAGAUCCUUCCCUUCGAAGACUCACUAUGCUUUACUAUCCUCGCAGCAAAAGCAGCUUUUCAGCAUCUGAAAGGCUAAGCCCAUCCUUGUUUCUCUGGGAAACACUUCGGUACUCUGUCGUUUCUACAGAGAUCGCUUCUCGUGAUAGAAUGUCAAACUAUUCUGCUCAAUCGAAGUCUUGCUUAGAAUCUCUGCGCAGCGAAUUGAAUUCAUCGAGUGGGUUCAUAUUGUCUCUGUUGUUUCGUGUUUCUCACUCUGCACGUGUUCUGAACCGCCGUGAGGUUCUUCUGAGAUUUGAAGGUAUCCGACUGUUAGCAGGGUCUAUUUGCUCUGGUAUUUCUAGCGAUAAAGAUCUUUUGGAUGCUACUAAGCGAAAAGGCACUUCGCUACCUAUGGUUGACCCGGAAAGUGAGGGUGAAAUAUUUCCUGAUAUUCAAUUUUGGAAGCAGUGUGCUGAUCCUGUCCUGGCUCAAGAUCCAUUUUCUUCAUUGAUGUCAGCACUUUUCUGCCUGCCCAUUGAAGUUUUGACCUCCACAGAAUUCUUCAUCCCUAUUGUUCAUCUAUUCUACAUUGUUUGUGUCAUUCAGGUAUGCUGUUCUGCAAUCUCCCACCACCUACAUAGUUCUGUUAUGGUGUAUUUCUUUGUAACAUAUGUAUUGCGCUCAAGACUUUUUGGAUCUCUUAGCAAUUUGUUUUUUGCGGAUACAACCUGGAGCUCGGGGCAGGGCCUUGUCGCCGGCGACGCGAGGCCGAGGGCGGUGUGCGGGCACGAGGAGGCAAGGUCGAGGAGGGAUGGCGCGUGGGCGCAGGAGGAGAAGGAGGCGGGGUCGACGAGGGCGGCGUGCGGGCGCAAGAGGAUGCUGGCCGCCGGCUUCUAG